UGAAACUCAAGCCACAAAUUAAAUAUUUCAUUUAGUAGCAACAUUCAAGAGUAUUUCAUUUUAUUUCAACAAUGGCAGCUGCAACAAUGGCUCUCUCUUCCUCUUCUUUUGCCGGAAAGGCAGUAAAACUUUCACCAUCUUCCUCUGAAAUCACCGGAAAUGGAAAAGUCACCAUGAGGAAGGCUGCUACCAAGGCCAAGCCUGUAUCUUCUAGCAGCCCAUGGUAUGGUCCGGACCGUGUCAAGUACUUGGGCCCAUUAUCUGGUGAAUCCCCAAGCUACUUGACUGGUGAAUUUCCUGGUGACUAUGGAUGGGACACUGCUGGACUUUCAGCUGAUCCAGAAACAUUUGCCAAGAACCGUGAGUUGGAGGUAAUCCACUGCAGAUGGGCCAUGCUUGGAGCUCUUGGUUGUGUCUUCCCUGAGCUCUUGGCUCGUAACGGUGUCAAGUUCGGUGAGGCUGUAUGGUUCAAGGCAGGAUCUCAGAUUUUCAGUGAGGGUGGACUUGACUACUUGGGAAACCCAAGUUUGGUCCAUGCACAAAGCAUCUUGGCUAUCUGGGCUUGCCAAGUUGUGUUGAUGGGAGCUAUUGAAGGUUAUCGGGUUGCUGGUGGGCCUCUCGGUGAGGUUGUUGAUCCACUUUACCCUGGUGGUAGCUUCGACCCAUUGGGCCUUGCUGAUGACCCAGAGGCUUUUGCUGAACUCAAAGUGAAGGAGAUAAAGAAUGGUAGGCUUGCCAUGUUCUCCAUGUUUGGAUUCUUCGUUCAAGCUAUCGUCACCGGGAAGGGACCAUUGGAGAAUCUUGCAGACCAUCUUGCUGACCCAGUUAACAAUAAUGCAUGGUCCUAUGCCACAAACUUUGUCCCCGGAAAGUGAAGUCUCGCAUUUUUUAUGGCCCUGUAAAGCUAUUAUAUAUCAGUGAAGAUUAUUACCUGUGAA